GUGAAGGCGGGGAGGAGUUGGCUCGGUUAGGCUGCCGAUUAGCAACAAACAGAAGGUUACGAGUUUGAAAAAUUGGAUUAUUUCACCACCAGACUGGCUUUGCGGCAGCGAGAGCGGAGCGAACUAUGUCGGGUGUCUGACCGGAGCUUGUUGGCUCGCUUUUGAGCGGAACCGGCGGUGAUUUAUAACAUUUCGAGCCGCUCGGGGAGACAACCUCGCAUUUAGGUCGUUUCAAGUGGCGAUGCUGAGCUGAUAGCUGCGUCAUCAUGUUGCUUCCGACUCGAGUUGGCGAAAAGAAAUCUCAAGUUAACGCCAGAGGUGAGGCUGCCUGCCGUCAUCCUGCCCCACAGGCCACUCCCGACCUCUGAAAUAGAUGGAAGACGGACUGCCGGUGAGAGGUUGGCGGUGAAAGCCUGUUUACGUGGUCGUUGUGGUGACUUUACAUCACUUGGCUCGGCGUUGUUGGCGCGAUACUCUCUCCUGGCUGCAUUUAUUAUCUCCACUUGGCUGGACAGUCAAACAUUUCUGUUGAAGUUCCCUAAACGACCGCAGAAUUGCUCGGAAAUGUGACCAAACAGAAAGUGUAACUGUAUAUCGGCGGAUGUUAGCCACAACUGUUUCUUUUUUUUUUUUUUUUUGUGAUAGUGGGAAGUGAUGCUCUCAUUGACAGCUAAGAUACAAAGCAGGAGCAUCCAAUGAGAAGCUGCUGGUUCCCAUCUGCUCUCUCGAAGAAAAACAUGCCUUUGUGAGCCAUAAUGAGAGACAUGACGCUGUAUUUCGACUAACUAGCCCUGCAGGUUAUGUCAGACUGUUAGCAGGAGGUCAGAUAGUGUUUAGUUGGGUCGGUGGGCUGUAAUCUGCUGUCACCACAUCCACGUGGACUUUGUUUCAGGUCAGUGGGCAAAGUUUAGCUUAAAAAAAACAACAAAAGGGAGGGCGGGUGUUUGAUUAGAAGUAGCUGCAGUCAAACUGGACAAAGUUGCAUCCUUAUAUCGGGAUAUAAAACCGGUUAAAAUGGCCGGCGACUGCGCCCACACCAACGCUCGUUACGCGAACGCAGAGACGUUUUGUCCGUCCAAACCCUGGUCGGAUGGAGACCGAGAGCGGCUCCGGGAGAUGGAGGAGUCCGUCGGCAACUCCAAAGGGCGUGGACCCCCCGCACGGUGGUCGCCCAACUUUGAGGUCAUAGACGGGCUGCUGUACCGAAAGAAGCUGGAGAGGGGCUACAUCAACUACCGGGAGGUUUUGAAUGAGGACCGGAGACAUGAAGCCAUCUCCACCUUCCACCGGCGGCGACCUGGCCAGCGCCACCUCUCCCUGGAAGAGACUUACAAAUGCGUGGCUGAAAACUACUGGUGGGAUGGGAUGUACUUCCAGAUCAGAGAUUUUGUCCUGGGCUGUCAAGACUGUCAAAGUCAGCGCAACAAGAAAUCAGAGGAGCUGGGUGGCAGAAGAUGUGUCACAAAGACGAUAGCGUCACACAGUGCUGACAUGCUGAGCAAGCUAAGGAGUCAGCGGGAGGCGGGCUUGUUCUGUGACAUUACCCUGCGGACAAACGGACGAUCUUUCUCGGCCCACAGAGCCGUCCUGGCAGCGGUCAGCGAUCACUUUCAGGAAAUCUUCACGGAAAUGGACUCAAGCAUGAAAGCAGACAUAGAUCUAACUGGUUUCAGUGAGGACAGCCUUCUGUCUCUGCUGGAUUUCUCCUAUUCCUCCACUCUGUCUGUCCGCCAGGAGGACCUACCUGAAGUCAUUGCCAUGGCCCGCCACCUGGGCAUGUGGCCUGCAGUGGAAGCCUGUUCUGCCCUCAUUAAAGAGCAGGAACAGCAACUCCAUCCUGGUAAGGGCUUUACUUUAGCCUGUGCCGGUGCAUGCCAAGACCGCCAUGACCUGCAAAGGGAGAGCAAAAGGAAAAGGGUUUUGGAAUUAGAGGACAACAUGAACAACAGCUUCAGUCUCACGCUGGAUUCAUCGGAUGACUCUUUAGAAGGAAGUCCCAGGCGCAAUUUGCGCAGAAUGCCAAAACCCCAAGGUCAUAAUGGCCUCCCUCUGAGUCCCUCACAUAGGAUGAAGCUCAUGGACUUCAAGUCUCCUUCAUCCAAAAAGGCCCCCACACCUCGACAUGCCAUAGCCUCCCCACAGACGCAGAAUUACUCCUCCAUACCUCCAUCAAACACCCGUCUUCUCCGCUCCACUCCUGGAGCUGCCAAGGAGGUUCAGAGAUUUCUGCCGAUGCCAGAGAGCCCUCGAAGAAACAAAAAGUCUCCCUCUAUCACACAGCUCUCAUGCAACUCCAGAUCGAGGCCCAGCACUGUCUGCAGCCCUGUGAGGAUUAAGCAGGAAGUGGAGGAGGUUGGAGAGGAUGAAGAGGAUUAUGCCCGAGCACAGGAGAAGUACAAGUUGAUGAAUGUUCUGGGGCUACAGAGGACUGCGCUUCUCCCCAGACCAGAAGAUCUGAUUGGCUGGAGACAAAAGAAACGUCUGAGGAAGCUGAAGGCCAAUAACUAUUCACUGACCAAGCGCCGGAAACCCCGUUCAUCAUCCUCAGGACUAACAUAUGCAGAUGUAACGCUGUCUCUUCCCCUCUGUAACCCCGUAAACACUCGCCUUCUAAACAAGUCUGUAAAAACCAAGCCUGUGGGUCCAGUCAGCAAAGAGAAGAUUGCAUCUAAGAGGCCAAACACCUCCCAGCGCCGUGUUCCUCCCAGUGACAGGAGCAUGCGAAGUAAAGGAGUGUUACCAGACAUGUUCCAGCCUGCAUCCAGACCUGCCUUUGGGGGGCGGGAGCUCAGACGGUCUGUGAGGACGGGUGAUUGUGCCCACCCUCAUACCCAGCAGCCUCUGCGACGCAGCACCAAAAAGACUGUUGUGAGAAACACGGUCAGAAUCAAAUCGGAGCCAACUGAAUACUGCAUCUCAGGUCUCAGACUUUCAUCAAACAAUCACCGUGCCCACACACCUCUCAAAUCCCUGCCUUCACAGAGGACACAGACCAGAAAUAAAGUCACUGUAGAGACGGUCAAAACACUGCGUUAUAAUAGCGGUCGACCUGCGACAAAGGCCAAACUCAGGCGGGGCUCCACAAGGGAGGUGGAGAAGAUGAGGUGUACGCCCAGAGAGGAGGGAAGGAAGGUGGGGAGCCAGGGCCUGAGAGGGGUCAUGGACACUAGACCAAAAGUGAAGAAUAAUGAACCUGCUGCACUCCAGUUUUCAGAGCACGCACCUCCACCGUCCAUCUACAACCACCCUCUGUACAAAGUCAUUAAAGAGGAGCCAGCAGACCCUGUGCCAGUUGUUGGACCGUUCCCUGAUCCGCCCUCACCAGACCUGGGCAAACGGCAGAGCAAGCCCCCCAUCAAAUUACUGGACUCGGGCUUUCUGUUCAGCUUCUGUCGGCCAGCAGGGGGGCCCAUGGCAGGACUGAAGAAAGAGGAAGAGAGUGUGGAUAUAUGCUUAACUAGAUCUGUGUCACAAGUUGGGGAGAAAUUUGAAGCGAACGAGUCCCCACACAGGACGCUGAGAGCCAGAGGGCCGCCCAUCCUGCCUGCAGUGAAGAAGGAGAGGGAGGAGAGGAGAGUGAGCCAGGGCAAGGCUCAGCGACCCAAGCCAAACUCCCGAAACGCCACUUUGCAUCUGGCCAAAUGUGCUGGGUCAAAAACUGCACGGACCAUGCCAAAGCAACAAGGCACACGCCAUGCUCUGAACAGCAGGAACUGUGCCAUGAUGGAUGCCGUUCGUCGGGCACGGCUAAAGCAGCUUCGAGGGCCUCGUAGUCAAGCCCCCAAAGUUCCAAAGGCGGCCCAUGCGUGCCAGCAGUGCCCAGCCUCCUACAAGGAUUGCGAUGCUCUAAUUAUGCAUCGCCUCAGGCACAUCGAGGGCAAGCACUGGCCUUGUCCGCUCUGCAGUAAGACGUUCUUUCGACUAAGGAAUGUACGGAACCACAUCCGCACCCAUGACCCCAAGUUAUACAAAUGCCGGAGCUGUAUUGUUGCCGGUUCCUGAGGCAGCUGGAUGGACUGGUCAAUCACUGAGACUGAGGAUGAAGACUGCCAGUGUCUAACACCAGCGAAGAGGCUGAAUCCAGAGGCACAUGAUCGAUCAGCAGCUUGUACAUAAUGCAUCCGUCACACACAAGCACAACGGUCUGUGGAAAGGCAUAAUUACUCUAGAUUCUAAUCAUUGCCACUGUCAAUGAUUGCUAAAGUUAUUUAAAUAACCAAACCAAGGUUGCUGUUCCUGUUUGCUUUUCCGUAGCUACAGAAGGUUAAACUUGAACAUUACACUCAGGGGGCAGGGAAGGUGACGCCACGGUAUAAAGUGAUUUAACAUCACGGUUGUGUACAAAAUGAAAUGUAAAGUGAUUGUUAUAACUAUUACUGCUACUUAGUGUUAUCUUUAUUUUUCUAUGUAUAGAUGAAUUUUGAGUGCACUUAUAUCAUAGCUAAUGUUGUAAACCUAAGAAGUGGUAUUGAAUUUGAAGGUUUGGAGUUCACGGUGGGAAUACUUGAAGUGAUGCAAGUGCUGUGGAGGGAAUACUUGAAGUUGGAGCGGGGUCUUAAGAGUGAGCCUGUCCUUUGGGUGUUUCAGUGGGUCUUUGUCCUUUGGUGUGCUAACUUUUAAAUGACUUGACUAGUCUUUCCCUCCUUUCGUAUCGAUCUGCCACUCUCACCUAAUCCACGAGUCGGGGAUUCGACCUGGGGGUGGGGGUGGUGUGGUGACGCCACUGCAUGUGUAUUUGCAGGCCAUUUGUAGUCCACUGUCUUUUCUAAGGCUGCCAAUUUUAAAAAGGGAAACGUGUCUUGUUUUUAAUGUGAAUUUCUGAAUAGUAAUCAACACGACAUUGUCAUUACAGAUGUUUUAUUGAUCUCUUCUUCCACUUUAAUCCAAGACAAGACGCUCGUUUUAUUCUACUUCAAAUUCUCCUACUGAGUAAAUGCAAUGUGUGCACAUACAGAGAUGUUUAUGUUUCACAAAUUGAUUUUCAAAAUAAAUGAGCUGUCUUUCGCUAUCUGUUAAGACUGAAUAAAUUUUUGCCUUUUA